AUGGGAAAGUCUGCCACCAGCGACGCGGCGCAGGCCCUCGAGGCCUUGAAUCGGAUGCAGUCUCAACAGGAAUUAUCCAUCAUCAAGCUGAGCGAGACAAUCGCGGAUCCAGGCGAAGCGGUAUCGAGACAACGCGCUUCGGAUGCCUCAGCCUCUUUCCUCGAUGGACCUACGCCCACCAGCUUGGAAGCUGAUCUGGCCCACUAUACAGAGCUAUUUGCAAAGCUGAGAUUCUCUUACGUGGAGCAGGUAACAAAGGAGAAGUUCCUCCGGGCAAUCGUCGGCGAGCCUCCACUGAUUGUCAGCGCGCAAGAAAACCACGAACUGGAAAAGGAAAACCAGGCAGCCAAGGCGGAACUCAAGUCGCUCAAGCUGGAAGUGGCCUCCAUGGUUACAGAGUUGGAGAGGAGGGCACGACAACUGAGCCAGCUCUACGAGGCAAUACAAUCAGACACGGAAAGGUUGCAGCAUCUGCCGGCCCAGGCGGAGGAACUUGUGAGCAGUAACGCCGCACUCAAAGAGGCUCGUGAGGUUAGCAGCGCCAAUCCCGACCUCAACCUACCUCUGGCCAAGACUCGUGCUUUGAUAGCGCGGCGUGAGGCCGAGCAGCAAGAACUUGCCAGGGAGCUUGAAGGUCUGCAGGCCGAGGUGCCAAGGAAACGAAAGGAAGCUGAGCGCCUACAAGCCGAACUGGGUCCGCUGGAGGCGAAGCUUCAGACAAGUUCGGCAGCAGCACGUGAGGCCCAGAGGAGAAAAGCAGCAGCUCUUGGUGGCGUAGCUGACGACUUGGAACAACGCGCACGAUGGUGGAAGGCUAGCGAGGAAGUGCUCACGCAGGUCCUAGACCUGUAG